UUCUUUCUUUCUUUCUUUCUUUCUUUCUUUCUUUCUUCCUUCCUCCUAAUUAGGAUCUCCUAAAGGCAUUGUACUUCUUCUGAAGGAGGGAUUAUAAUUAAUUAGAUGUAGAAAGAAGGAAAGAAAGAAAGAAAAGGGAGGGGGGAAAACUUACCACGUUAAUCAAAGAGGUGGCCUUUUCCGAACUCUGAUUCUUCCACUCAGGAGCGUCUAUGAUGCCCCCCCCCCUCCAAAUCCAGGAUUAAGUUUUCUUCUUAACGCUGUACUCAGUGCUAAUUUUAAAAAACCAGCUCCAUUGUAAACGGGGGGGGGGGAGAUAAUAUUUUAAAGUCCCCUUAAAGUUGACGUCGGCCCACGUGAAUCUUUUGCAUGAGAUAAGGCGUCGCUGGAACAGGCCCGGGAGAGCCCGGGACCCAGGCAGAGCGUCGCGUGCGGCCAGCCUGCUCGCUUUGCCCCAACUCCGGUUUGCUUGAAGCAUAAAUUCAGGGGGGCUGCGAAGCGACAGGAAGGCGGCUGCCUCCCAGCUGGCCUCGGCUGGGGACGGCGGAGAAAGUUGUGGGAGCUGGGGUGCCUUGCCAGCCCUCGGAGGGGCUUCCGUUGGUUGUUCAUUAAGUGGUACCUCUCAGCGAUUUAUCCAAAGGAACCUGAGGAUACUACCAAAAGGCUUACGGACAAAAUUAAAGAAAAAACAUAAGCGUGGUGGCUCCGCGGGCAGCGACCGGCCCAGGUCCGAGACGGUGAGGCGGGAGCUGCCGCCUAAGGGGGGAGGCGGUCGCUGCUUUCUGAGCGGGCGCCCGAGGCCCGGAAGAUGCAGAAGGCCGCCUACUACGACAACGCGGCGCUCUUCGGCGGCUACGGCGCCUACGGCAAGGCCGAGGCCUACGCCUACACCUCCGCCCCGCCGCCGCAGCCUUAUGCCCAGCCGGGCCUCGACACCGACUACCCGGCCGCGGCCUGCUCCCUCCAGGGCGCCGCGCCCAUCCGCCCGCCGCAGGCCCACAAGAGCGCCGACCUCGGAGCCAGCUGCAUGCGCGGAGGGGGCGGCAGCCAGGCCGGGCCUCCGCAGCCCCCCGGCCUGGGCGAUCCACAGCAGCAACAGCAGCCGCCGCCGCCGCCUCAGGCCCAGCAGCAGCCGCCACAGGCGCCUCCCUCGGCCUCCCCGCCCAGCGCCAACGCCGCCCACGCCGGCCCGGCCAAGAAGGGCAAAUGCGGGCCCAACGCCUCGGCCGCCGCCAUCAGCAAGCAGAUCUUCCCCUGGAUGAAGGAGUCCCGCCAGAACUCCAAGCAGAAGAACAGCUGCGCCCCCGCAGGAGAGAACUGCGAGGACAAAAGCCCCCCCGGGCCGGCUUCCAAGCGGGUCCGCACCGCCUACACGAGCGCGCAGCUGGUGGAGCUGGAGAAGGAGUUCCACUUCAACCGCUACCUGUGCCGCCCCCGCCGGGUCGAGAUGGCCAACCUGCUGAACCUGACCGAGCGCCAGAUCAAGAUCUGGUUCCAGAACCGGCGCAUGAAGUACAAGAAGGACCAGAAAGCCAAAGGGAUCCUGCACUCCCCCGUGGGCCAGUCCCCGGACCGCAGCCCGCCCCUCAGCGGGCCCAACCACGUCGCCUACUCCGGCCAGCUGCCCGCGGUGGGCAGCCUCACCUACGACGCCCCCUCGCCCACCUCCUUCGCCAAGUCCCAGCAAAACAUGUACGGCCUGGCCGCCUACACGGCGCCGCUGGGCAGCUGCCUGCCCCCCCAGCAGAAGAGGUACCCGGGCGCCGAGUACGACCACCACGCCAUGCAGAGCAACGGGGGCUUCGCCAACCCCAGCCUGCAGGGCAGCCCCGUCUACGUCGGGGGGAACUUUGUCGACUCCAUGCCGGCCUCCGGCCCCAUGUUCAACAUCAGCCACCUCCCCCACCCGUCCUCGGCCAGCGUGGACUACAGCUGCGCGGCUCAGAUCCCCGGGAACCACCACCACGGACCCUGCGACCCCCACCCCACCUACACAGAUCUGACUUCUCAUCAUACAUCUCAGGGAAGAAUUCAGGAAGCCCCCAAACUGACGCAUCUGUAGUAGCCCCGAAUGGGUUCUCGGAGAGAGUGAGAGACAGAGAGAGAGAGAAUAAGAGAGAGAGAGAGAAUGAGAGAGAGUCAGGAAGCAAGGGUUUUUGACAUGUACUCCUUUAAAUUACCUCACUGCCCCCACCCCCACCCCACAAGCAUUACUUUGAACAGCCUAUUAGUGGAUUUAUUUUGGGGUCUCCUCAGUAAACGGCCAGACACAAUCUUUUCUCUUCUUUGGGGACUCUUGGGUUGACGAAAAUUAUUAUUAUUUGUGGAGGGUUCUUUUUUUUUUUUUUGCAUUUUAAGCCUUUUAAAAUCAUGACAGUGCAAUAUCCAUUAUUCCGCCUUUAAAAAAUAAAUAAACAAAAAACACUCUCUGAUCACAGACCCACGAGGAAGUCAUAAUCCGGUCAUGACAGUACCAGAAGGUAAGUUGUAGAAAUGUAUUCCUUUUUCCCACAGAAUUUGAUUCUUGAUGAGGAGCUUGCAACUAUUGGGACCAAACUGGAGACAUUUCCCCAGAAGUUAAUUUAUAAACAUUUCUUCAGGAAUGUAAAAGAUUGCGUUGGACUCGAAUAAGAUGUAUUUAUUAUUUUAAGAGGAGCAGUUUCUUUGCUUUGUUUCGGGUUUUGUUUAUAUCAUUGAUUAUUUAAUCCCGGUCUUUUUCUAUGUAUUUAUGUGGAUAUUUGUAAUUUCUCGAUUGCCCCCCUCCCUCCCCCCAACUUGGGAAGAUUGAUUCAGGUCUUUGGUGGCUAUACAUUUUUCACCUAUUUAGUAUAUUUGGUCUGAAAUAGAAAGAGUAGUUUUGAACAGUUGUAACAGUGGCUGGUGUUUGUAGUUUGUGUAAGGAUUAAGUAAAACAGCAAAUUGUAAGUCAAGUCAUAAAUUAACACAAAACUGAAGCAUUACACAGGGAGCCCUGACCUUAAAAAAAAAAGCAAUUUAUUUCAGAUUUGUUGGAACGAUUUUGAUCCUUCAUUUAGAAUUCUUUUUUAAAAAAACCCUAUUCAGGUUGGGAGUGUCUCAGUUACCUUAAUAAUUUGUCACUUCUGAGUUGUCUGAAUUGUGGUCUACAACUGAGGGUGGGGGGUGGGGACUGUGAAAAACACAAUUUCUUGCAAGUUGCAAAAAACCUAUUUUUUCUGGGGUUUCCCCCCCUUAAAGGAAAGUAAAACUGUCACACUUAUAAGAUUUUUGAACAAUACAACAGUGUGGAUGGAAUUAGGAUUUCCAUAGCAACUCAGCAAGCAACUGUCCAUUUCACUGAAUAAUAAUUAUGAUUUACCAUUUAUUUAUGCUAACAAAUCCAUUUUGGACACAGGUCACUGGAGACUCAAACUUACUUUUGCUGGUUAAGGAGAGAGAGGGGGAAAAAAAAGAAAACCUUGAAUGAAAUAUUGACAAUCAAGUUAUCUACAAAGGACAGAGUGCUGUAGGUUGUAGACAAAUAAACCCUUCUGAAAUGCUCAGAAUGUCUUGCAAGCUAGGAAAUUAGCUCUAUCAAUAUUUAAUAUAGUCUUCGAUAGCAGACAUUUGGUACAAUCCUGGCGUAAACAAACGUUUCUGUCCCUAGCCUUUUAAGGGAUAAGAAAUACAAACAUCUCCCCUGUCCCCCUCCUCUUUAUUUAUACCCUAUUGUUUAAUCUGUUACAGGAUUUAUAAAGCUUUUCUCAACCUACAAGUGGCAUUAGGUACAUGUUAGAAACGAUACAUGCCCAUUAAUCCAGGAGGAAGCGUUCCUUAUCUCUCUCUUUUAAAAAGAAGGCUUCCAUUAUGAUCCAGAGCUUCUGAAUUCCCAGCAGAACUCUAAGGAAAUCUCACUUUUCUGUUUGACUAAUAAUACAGCUCCAUUUGUGUGGCGACUCCUGCAAUUCUUUCUUUUUUUGUAUGAGCAGCUUAACUCCUACACUCGAGUCUGGCUUGGACAAUGAUGAUGACAUAUACAAGAGUCCCAUUCGGUACCUUUUAAAAUGCCAUGUUAGCAAAUGAGAGAAAAGAGAGAGAGAGAGAGAGAGAGAGAGAGAAAUGUAAUCCUUUUCAUUUUGUUUAAAUUUCUCUUUUACCCAAGUGUUGUAGAUCUGUACACAAAACAGAAUAAACAGCUUCAAACGAAGGCAUAUUUUAACCA